GACCUAUGCACAGUCAUGUUUGGGUGUUGGGCCUAUUCCAACGGAUAUUAUUUGGGAACUCUCGACAGGAGGAGAAAACACGCCUAAAGAAAAGUGCAGGUUGUAGUCAAGAUUCUAGGGAUUCAGCAGCCGUCAUGAGACCCAAUCAAUCCCCACUGGCAACUUCGUCUCCGGCUAAUCGGAACCGCCAGCGUAGGCGCCCAGACCUCACCUUACCGCUUCCCCAAAGGGACCCAUCUCUGGCCGUACCUCUGCCCCUACCUCCCUCAGCUCCACCACAGCAGAUCUGCUUUUCGGAGCUCGAUAAAAUCAACCGAAUCGGUAGCGGCAGCGUAGGCACUGUCUACAAGGUCAUCCAUUGGCCCACGUCCCAAGUUUACGCCCUCAAGGUGAUCUAUGGGACUCACGACGAGUCGGUUCGCCGUCUGAUCUGCCGAGAGAUCGAGAUUCUCCGCGACGUGGACCAUCCGAACGUGGUGAAAUGCCAUGACAUGUUUGAUCACAACGGCGAAAUACAAGUUUUGCUGGAGUUCAUGGACCGUGGAUCCCUGGAGGGUCAGCAAAUCCACCACGAGCCUUCUUUGGCGGAUCUGGCCCGCCAGAUUCUCAGCGGUCUCAACUACCUCCACCGCCGACACAUCGUACACCGGGACAUCAAGCCCUCCAAUCUCCUAAUCAAUACCAAGAAUAAGGUCAAGAUCGCGGACUUCGGGGUUGGUAGGAUUCUUUCGCAAACAAUGGACAAUUGCAAUUCAUCGGUGCGGACAAUAGCGUACAUGAGCCCUGAGAGAAUCAACACGGAUUUGAACCACGGGCAGUAUGAUGGAUACGCUGGAGAUAUAUGGAGCUUGGGAGUGAGCAUAUUGGAGUUCUACUUGGGAAGAUUCCCGUUUGCAGUGGGUCGGCAGGGGGAUUGGGCAAGCCUCAUGUGUGCCAUAUGUCUGUGUCAGCCUCCGGAGGCACCCGGCUCGGCCUCCGCUGAGUUUAGAAAUUUCAUCUCCUGUUGCUUACAGAGGGAACCGGCCAAAAGGUGGACGGCAACACAAUUGUUACAGCAUCCUUUCAUUGAGAGGGGACAGCAGACCCAGAAUCAGAAACACGCUGAUGCACAACAAUUCAUGAUCAGUCUUGUGCCAUACGACAAAGACUUGCCUGUCAUAUGUAGAGAUGGAAAUGCUGAUGAUAGUGACUGCUUUUCCCCUCAAUUUUUGGAGCCACAAAAUGAGGUCCAAGGAGAGAAGUCCCAUGGUUCAGGAAAGAGGUCUCAGUCUCCACCAGAAUCAGUUUCUAGUGAAGAUCAAGUUGGUGAUGCACUGGAGACAGGACAUAGGCUUUCAAAGACUGCUGGGUCUAACAUGAAGGGCAAACGACAAUCAGGAAACCAGUCUAGUUCUCCACAUCCAAAGAAAUCAAGAAGUGAAGACGACAGGAUGGCUAGUGCCAGUCGUAAGAUGGCAACUGUUGUUUCUUCUUUGACAGAGAAGAAGAAAGAUGAGGAGACUUCAAACACAGUUUCAAUAGAGAAUGUAAUUGCAGCGGUACAAGAAUUGCCAGACAUGGAUGAAGACCUUAUAUUGGAUGCAUGUGACUUCUUAGAGGAUGAAAUGAAAGCAAAAACAUUUAUGGCACUGGAUCCAAAACUACGAAAGAAAUGGUUGUUAAGGAAGCUGCGCCCUGACUUGUAAUUCUAGUUGAGUUUUACCUUGUCGCAGAUUAGCUCAAUUGAAAAGGCUCUUGACAUACCGGACUUGUUUAGAUUUUAUAAUAAUAAUCAGCUGUAAAGAAUUUAGAAAUUUUUAACAUGAUUCUGAAUGCUAGUCUGGCCACUUGAUUUGUCAAAAU